AUGGGUGAGCUGUUAGAUGCCAAGCAUGUGGUGAAGGACGUGAAUGUCAAACAUUAUGAGGAACAACAAAUCACCCACCAGAUAGAGAGAAACCGCCUGUUUCUUCCAGUAGAGGUCGGGAAAGGCGAUGUGAACCAUGGAGAUACAGAGAGUGCGUGUGGCAGUGCAGGGAGGUUGGGAGAGGUGGUGCAGGGAGGUUGGGAGAAGCAGUGCAGAGAGGUUGGGAGAGGCGGUGCAGGGAGGUCGGGAGAGGUGGUGCAGGCAGGUUGGGAGAGGUGGUGCAAGGAGGUCGGGAGAAGCAGUGCAGAGAGGUUGGGUGUGGCGGUGCAGGGAGGUCGGAAGAGGCAGUGCAGCGAGGUCGGGAGAGACAGUACCGAGAAGUCGGGUGUGCCAUUUCAGGGAGGUUGGGAGAGGCAGUGCAGGGAGUCGGGUGCCUCGGUACUGGAAGGUCGAGAUGGGCGGUGUGGGGAGGUCAGGUGUGGCUGUGCAGAUAGGUUAGCAGAGGUGGUGCAGCAAGGUCUGAGGAGGCGGUACCGAGAGAUUGAGUGUGGCGGUGCAGGGAGGUCGGGAGAGGCGUUGUGCACUACGGAGAUACAGGAAGUGGGUGUGGCGGUGCAAGAAGUUUGGGAGAUGCUCUACUUGGUGAUAGGGAGAAGUGGUACCAAGAGGUCGGUUGGUCGGAAGAGGCGGUGCAGGGAGGUUGGGAGAGAUGGAACCGAGAAGUCGGGUGUGCCAUUGCAGGGAGGUUGGGAGAGGCAGUGCAGAGAGUCGGGUGCCUCGGUAGUGGAAGGUCGAGAGAGGCGGUGCGGGGAGGUCGGGUGUGGCGGUGCAGAGAGGUCGGGAGAGGCGUUGCAGCGAGGUCUGGGGAAGCGGUACCGAGAGAUUGAGUGUGGUGGCACAGGGAGGUCAGGAGAGGCGGUGUGCACUACGGAGAUACAGGAAGUGGGUGCGGCAAUGCAGGAAGUUCGGGAGAUGCGCUUCUUGAAGAUAGGGAGAAGCGGUACCGAGAGAUCGGUUGUGGAGGUGCAGGGAGAUCGGGGGAGGCGAAAAGGGAGGUCGGGAGAGACGGUACUGAGAGGUCGGAUGUGGCGGUGCAGGGAUGUCGGGAGAGGCGGUACUGAGAGAUCGGUUGCGGCGGUAAAAAGAGGUCAGGAGAGGCGGUACCGAGAGGUCAGAUGUGGUGGCGCAGGAGUCGGAAGAGACGGUACCGAGAGAUUGGGUGUGGCGGUAAAGGGAGGUCGGAAGAGGCAGCACCGAGAGGUCGGAUGUGGCGGUGCAGGGAGGUCGAGAGAGGCGGUAAAGGGAGGUCGGAAGAGGCGAUGUAGGGAGGUUGGGAGAGGUGGUGCAGAGAGAUCGGGUGUGGCGGUAAAGGAAAGUCAGGAGAGGCAGUACAGAGGUCGGGUGUGGCAGUACACGGAGGUCGGGAGAGGCGGUACUGAGAGAUCGGUUGCGGCGGUAAAAAGAGGUCAGGAGAGGCGGUACCGAGAGGUCAGAUGUGGUGGCGGUAAAGGAAGAUCGGAAGAGGCGUUGCAGAGAGAUCAGGUGGGGUGGUGCAGGGAGGACGAGAGAGGCAGUGCAGGGAGGUCAGGGAGAGCCACAUAG